CACAUGGAGGAACCAGGUGCAAAGCCUCAGGGCUAUGGGAUUCCAAGAGUACAUGGAUGUGAGGAACAGAACAAUAAAAAGACAGAAACUUCAGGGCAAGUCUGGCUACAGUGACCGAAAUAUCUCAGCACUGUGACCCUCAGUUUUCUGGACUUUGCUACAGUGAGUGAGCUGGCCUAUCAUGAGAACCUUUGGUUAUGCAAAGACUGAGAGCCUGAAGCAACAGUAGGAAACAGCUGCAGCAUACAAAGUCUUCUCUGACAUUGUUGAGGUCUGAGCCUGUUGCAGGACAUAAGCCAACAAUCUCCUUGGAUCCUCCUCGAUGCAGGGGACUGUUUCUCUGUAGUGAAGAGCCUGACAUGCCCCUUCCUUUGCUUUGCUUCAGCCUCCUCCUGAAACCUGUGUAUACAUCAACAGAGAUAUUUCUGAUCCAUUGUGGUUAUUAUGGAAAGACCAACACCUACAUGGAGGCAGAUGUUAACCUUGCUACAUUUAUUCCCAUUUCCAUUCCACUUGAUCUAUCCCAAAAUGACCAGAACUUUUUUGACACAGAACCAAGUCUACGAUGGAAUUUCGACCUACUGAAAUGGAGAAACUAUCAAUAUUUGCUGACCUUAUACUUUGCCAUUGAAGAGAUCAACAAGGACUCAAACCUGCUUCCCAAUAUGACCUUGGGUUUUCACAUCUACAAUGCCUUUAAUUCUAACAAAAUGACCUUGAAGGGCCCUCUGAUGUGGCUGUCUGGAAGAAGUGAGUAUAUCCCUAACUACAAGUGCAACACUCAACACAAAGCUCUAGGAAUCAUUUCAGGAAAAAAGCCGGAAUUUUCUGCUGCAAUUGAAACACUUUCAGAGCUCUACAAUGUCCCACAAGUAAGUUAGAAACAUAUUUUUAAGCACAACCACAUCUUAGACCUGACUGAAACAAACAAACCAACAAAAGAACAAUAACAGAAGAAACAAAAGAAAACAGAAAAGUGGAUUAUGUUUACUGUAGGCAGAUUUCAAAUAGUAGUGAACAAAUUAUUUUGAUUUAGCAAUAGUUAACAGAUGACAGAGUGUGGUGAAAACCAUGGACAGCAAAUUCUGGGAAUUUCUAAGCAGAUCACUUAGUAGUAUCCAUGAUUCUAUCUUCAAACAAACGAUUGUGUACUGUGGAUACUCAGUCUGCAUUUGACCAUAAGUCAAAUUCUACAGCAAAGAUUCCUAACUACCCAAUCUAGCAUAUAAACAUCUUAAAAUUCCUAUGGUUGUCAAUACUGGACAUAUGGAAAAAGAAAGUCGAGGAAAUGUAACUAAGUUUUUGGAACAAUGUUUAACGCCAUCACCGAUGAAA